GUUAGGGGUCACAGCGACGUCGGAUCCAUAAAACGGACGCACACAGCAAGAUGGCGCUGCUCGUGAACACUAGGUUGUUACUAAGAAAAGUGAAAAAUGCGAGGAGUUUAAUGCCCAAAAGACACCGAAUGAAAGAAAAAUGGGCUGCUACACUUCCCAAAUUCUCACCUACCAGUCUGGCCCUGCAGCACUUUGAUGCCACCUACAGUGUCCAGUUGGGGCAGCUGUGGCCAUCAGUACGGAUUGCCCUGCUUUCGGAGAGAAAAUAUGGAGCCCUGCUCAACAAUUUCUCCCAUGACGCUGUCGUGGAAGACUUGCAAGCAAAGGGGUGCAGAGACUUCAUCACAGACACAGAUACAGAGGCUCUGCCGUGCUUGGAUCCAGAAUCUGUGGUUGGUGUAGAGGGAGAAUCAAAUGAUGUUCCUGUCAAGAAAUCCAACGCUGAUCAUCAUCUGAAGAUUAGUCCUAAAAUAAAAUGUUUGGUGUUUCCAAGAGGCGAUAUCACUAGAUUCAAGCCUGCCAGACCAGACACACAGAGGUUGCUGGGAUAUUAUCUGCUGGAUGCGGCGUCUGUGCUGCCUUGUCUUGCACUGGAUAUUCAAGAAGGUCAUAUUGUGCUGGACCUCUGUGCUGCUCCAGGAGGCAAGGCCGUGGCUUUACUUCAGACCCAGGCCAUCGGUUUUUUGUGUCUAAAUGACACCUCAGUAUCCCGGACAUUGCGACUGAAAAAGGUCCUACACAGCUACAUUCCCAAGGAGUUAUUGACGAGUAAGAACCUAAGAAUAACCUCCAGCGAUGGCACCAAAUGGGGGGAAAUCGAAAAUAACACUUUUGACAGAGUCAUUGUUGAUGUUCCCUGCACCACUGACAGACAUUCAGUGAUGGAGGAUGACAACAAUAUAUUCACUAAGAACAGGAUUGGAGAGAGACGGAGGCUGCCACAGUUACAGCUGGAGCUGCUGCUGGCGGGUAUCGAAGCAGCAUGUCCAGGUGGGGAGAUCAUGUACUCCACCUGCACGCUCUCUCACAUCCAGAACCAGAGUGUGGUGGAGCAGGCGAUCCACUUGGCUAAAGAGAAUCAUGGCAUCAUCCUUGAGGUUGUUGACCUACGACCUCUCACACACAUGUUUAGGAAAACCUUUCACUUCGCUCCUAACCUCCACCUGGGUGAGAUGGUCAUCCCACAUUUAGGCGCUAACUUCGGGCCUAUCUACAUGUGCAAGCUAAGGAGGCUGACGUAGACUUGAGGCAAACGCCUGGACUGUGUUGAGUGACUCUCUGUUGGGGAACAGUAGAUGGACUGAAUGAAGUAUCCGGUUGAUGGACAUAACCGUGGGCGCACUGGACACUUCUGGGCGACUGUUUUUGGGAAAACAUUUGGAACCCACAGGAUUUACACAGUUGAAUUAUCUGCACUCAAUGACUGGUGUCACUGUGUAUUUUACUUGCAGUUAGAUUUUUUGCCCAUAGGUGGCAACAGUGACUUAAGAGUAAAGGUAUGCUUGCAUGCAGUACAUGUAUCCACUACAUACAAUAUGACCUCCUCUUCCUCUGUGUCUAAUGCAUAGACAUACAUUUUUCAGAUUGGUGAAUCACAUUACUGAAACACGCAUUUCUGUCAGAAUGAUCUGCUCUCCUUAACUCUCCAGUGAAAAUGGGUUUGGUUUGUUGCAUGGUUAAUCGUCAGGUCUGAUGGCCUUGCCUAAUAAUGCAAUAUGUGGCUGUGUGGAAGGAAGAAGAGCAUAAUGAACAGGCAGGUAAUGACUUAUUUGACCAUUUGGCUUCCCACAUCUGAAUCUGUGCAAGUUUCAUUAUUAUAGCUGGAUUGACUCCGUUUUGCAUUGACAUCGCCCUGAAGUGAAACGUGUCCUCUUAUCACAACCUAAUGUGAGUGGCGCAGAGGUGCCUCUUUCUCCAUCACACCGCCGAUGACCCUUUAUGUUGUCCUGCCCAGGCAAUGUAGCGUGAAAAAGGUGUGUGUGUGUGUGUGUCUCUUUCUAAUGAGUCCACCAACCACAUCCCACUGUCAUUAAGCUGCUCCAAGUGCAGGAGCCGACUCCCAUCCUCGUGAGGGGAUGGACGGCAGCCAUGCGACUCCCAGAUGAACAUUAAAGCGACAGCAAAGAGCUAAAAUAGGAUGUCUCGCCCUGUUUUGCCCCUCCGCUUUUUUAUUCCACAGAUGAGUGCAGAUAAUUUUCUGUGCGAUUGUGAGUGAUUACUGUAUUACUGCGGUAAAAGGGGGAUGUAUCGGGGAAUGCAGAGGGAAUUAAUGACACAUAAAAACUAUUUUUGUAUUGAC